CUCUCCAGUCUCCACCCUCUCGCCUGUCCAAAAUAACAGCUCUUUCAAAAUGAUUCUGUUAUCAAAAAAACCAGAUAUAUAGCUGCAACAAUCUGAUCAAGAAUUUCACAGACUUCAACACAAUGUGCUGUUCAUUUUCACUCUCUCUUCCUCUACUUCUACUCCUCAUCAUGCCCAUCUCACUUCUUUCAAUCUCCAUCAAUCAAAACUCAACAGACAUGGAUGCUAAUGAGCUGGAAACUCUUUUCAAGAUUAUGGAAUCUGUUUCCUCUGAUCAAAACUGGAGAACUUCACAUCCACAUCCUGGUUGUUCAUCUUGGAUUGGCAUUGAGUGCAAAAAGGAUGUUGAUAAUAUAACCCAUGUCACUCGUCUUGAUUUUGGUACAUAUCCGAACCCAACAUGCAAGCCUACUUCGACAUUCCCUGAUUAUUUCCAACUCCCAAAUCCUGAAUCUGUUUUUUUUAUUCAGUGCUUCACAGACACUAAAACAAGAAUAUCUGUCCCAAAAAAUAGAGUUUUUAACUCUUCACUUCAGCAGCUAAGUAUAAGAUCAAAUCCAGCACUUAUUGGCUCUAUUCCUCUUGAACUCUCCUUACUAAAGUCACUUCAAGUUCUCACUUUGUCACAAAACAAUCUAAUUGGCGAAAUUCCAGUAGAAAUCUUCAGCAUGAGCUUUCUUGUACAUCUUGAUUUGAGCUACAACAAGCUAACAGGUAGAGUCCCUGACCAACUUGGCUAUCUCCGAACACUCGUAGGCCUUGAUUUGAGCUAUAACAAGUUCAUUGGGCCAAUCCCUGAUACAAUUGGGCAACUUGUUAUGCUUCAAAAACUGGACUUGAACUCAAAUUCAUUUACUGGAAGUAUUCCAGAGAGCAUUGAAAACUUACAUUCUUUGAUUUUCUUGGCUUUGAGUAACAACAACUUAAGUGGAAACUUUCCCAAAGGAUUACAAAAGCUUCAAAGCUUGCAAUAUUUUCUUAUGGAUGAAAAUCCAAUGUUCAUACCAUUGCCAGGAGAAUUUGGUCAGUUGAAGAAACUUCAAGAACUGAGACUAGCCGGCUGUGGUUAUUCAAAUACAAUUCCAUCAAGUUACUCACAACUUUCGAAUUUAAGGACAUUGUCAUUGCAGAAUAAUCGAUUGACCGGGGAAAUCCCAGAUGAAUUUUCAAGUCUUUCACAUAUAUAUCAUCUGAAUUUGAGUAGAAAUAUUCUGGGAGGUGUGGUUCCUUUCAAAUCUAGUUUCUUAAGAAGGUUAGGUAGGAAUUUGGACCUUAGUGGAAAUCCAGGGUUGUGUUUAUGUCCAUCUGAAGCAAAUGGAGUGUUCAUUGGAGUUGGAGUUUGUGGGAGAAACGAUAGUACUAAUUCCAUAACCUUGCCAUUUAAGAAAUCUGAAGUUCCAUCUCAAAAGAAAAUACUACUCUUUCUUAUAGGUGCUUCAGGUAUUGUGAUAGUUUACCAUCUGUUUUUACUUGUGUGAGCUUGUUGUACUUUUUUUAUAUAGAGUAUCAUGUUUGAUCUUUGUAAUAUGUAUUAUGAUCAUUACCAUUAACACAUUUUAAGGUGUGGCUUUACACUCAAUGAAGUGGGUGAAAUCUGAAAGAUUAGGUUUUAAAUCCCCAUAAAGAUUAAAAAAUAAAAUAAAAAAAUGCUAGGUCAUUUCUUGACAUAUGUUUAAGUCUUGAUGGGAAAAAGAUGGAGUAGUAAAUACCAGC